CAAACAUCGACUCACCACAAGUAAUCUCGCUCAUCUCUUUCAUCCCCUCUACUCAUAUUCAUUACACGAGGAUCAUUGUCGUCGUUAUGUGGAAGUUAAAGAUAGGAGAGGGAAAUGUGAAAGACCCUUACUUGUCAAGCAGCAACAACUUCGUGGGACGUCAAACAUGGGAGUUUGAUCCCAAAGCCGGUACACCGGAGGAACGAGCCGCCGUCGAAGAAGCUCGCCGGAGUUUCUUGGCCAAUCGUUCUCGUGUUAAAAGUUGCAGUGAUCUCUUCUGGCGAAUGCAAUUUUUGAAAGAGGCGAAGUUCGAGCAAGUGAUCCCUCCGGUGAAGAUCGACGACGACGAAUCCAUAACUUACGAGAAAUCGACGGAUGCGUUACGGAGAGGAGUUUCCUUCUUCUCGGCUUUGCAAUCCUCCGACGGUCACUGGCCUGGAGAAAUCACCGGUCCUCUCUUCUUCCUUCCUCCCUUGGUGUUUUGUUUGUAUAUCACAGGACACCUCGAGAAGCUAUUCGAUGAAGAACAUCGCAAAGAGAUGCUUCGUCAUGUUUAUUGUCAUCAGAAUGAAGAUGGUGGAUGGGGAUUACACAUUGAGAGCAAGAGCAUUAUGUUCUGCACUGCUCUCAAUUACAUUUGCUUGCGUAUGCUUGGAGAAGGUCCCAAUGGAGGACGAGAUAACGCGUGUAAACGGGCUAGACAAUGGAUUAUUGACCGUGGUGGUGUCACUUAUAUUCCUUCUUGGGGAAAGAUAUGGCUUUCGAUACUUGGGAUCUAUGAUUGGGCUGGAACCAAUCCGGUGCCUCCUGAGAUAUGGUUGCUACCUUCGUUUCUUCCAAUACACUUAGCGAAAACUUUGUGCUAUUGUCGGAUGGUUUACAUGCCAAUGUCGUAUCUAUAUGGGAAGAGAUUUGUUGGUCCAAUAACACCUCUUAUUCUUCAACUGCGUGAUGAACUCCUUUUGCAACCAUACGAAGAUAUCAACUGGAAUAAAGCCAGGCGUCUAUACGCAAAGGAGGACAUGUAUUUUCCACAUCCUUUGGUUCAAGAUUUGGUAUGGGACGCUCUUUACGUCUUUGUGGAGCCGUUCCUUACACGUUGGCCGUUAAACAAACUUGUGAGGGAAAAAGCUUGUCGGCUGGCUAUGAAACACAUUCAUUACGAAGAUGAGAAUAGCCAUUAUAUCACCAUCGGAUGUGUUGAGAAGGUGUUGUGCAUGCUUGCAUGUUGGAUUGAUAACCCUGAUGGGGACUACUUCAAGAAGCAUCUUGCUAGAAUUCCGGAUUACAUGUGGGUCGCUGAAGAUGGAAUGAAAAUGCAGAGCUUUGGAAGUCAAUUAUGGGAUACAGGGUUUGCGGUUCAAGCUAUACUUGCUAGUGAUCUCCUUGAUGAAACUAGGAAUGUACUCAAGAAAGGACAUGAUUAUAUUAAGUUAUCUCAGGUUACAGAAAACCCGUCUGGUGACUUUAAGAGCAUGUACCGCCACAUUUCCAAAGGAGCGUGGACUUUAUCUGAUCGAGAUCAUGGAUGGCAAGUUUCAGACUGUACGGCUGAAGCUUUAAAGUGCUGCCUGCUGCUCUCCACCAUGCCAUCUGAGGUUGUUGGCCAGCAACUAGAUACCGAACAAAUAUAUGAUUCUGUUAAUCUCUUGCUAUCUUUUAAGAGUGAGAAAGGAGGCGUGACUGCAUGGGAGCCUGUCCGUGCAUAUGAAUGGAUUGAAUUUCUCAACCCCACGGAAUUUCUUGCUAAUAUCGUCGCCGAGCGUGAGUAUGUGGAGUGCACCUCAUCGGUUAUACAAGCUUUGGUUAUGUUCAAGCAACUCUAUCCAGAUCACAGGACAAAAGAGAUAAGCAGGUUCAUCGAGAAAGCGGUGCAAUUCAUAGAAAACAAACAAACACCAGAUGGUUCAUGGUAUGGGAAUUGGGGUGUUUGUUUCAUAUACGCGACAUGGUUUGGUCUUGACGGCCUAGCAGCUGCUGGUAAAACAUAUGAAAACAGUCUUUCUAUGCGUAAAGGUGUUGAGUUCUUACUCAGGAUACAGAAAGAUGAUGGAGGUUGGGGCGAAAGCUAUCUGUCAUGCCCUGAACAGAGAUACAUACCAUCAGAAGGGAAUCAAUCCAACCUUGUGCAAACAGCUUGGGCCAUGCUGGGUCUGAUUCACGCUGGACAGGCUGAGAGAGAUCCUAUACCUCUUCACCGUGCGGCAAAGCUUAUCAUUAAUUCGCAAAUGGAAGAUGGAGAUUUCCCUCAACAGGAAAUAGUAGGAGUGUUCAUGAAGAAUUGCAUGACGUACUAUGCGACCUACAGAAACACUUUCCCAUUAUGGGCACUUGCUGAGUAUCGUAAAGCUGCGUUUCCUAACUCAUCAACAACAUCUACCACUUCCUAAAUAAUUGUUGUACACAUAGUUAUAGACAAAAACAAAAGUAUUGUUUAUAAAACAAUGUAAUAGACGACAACAUAAACACAAAAUAUUUAACUAAUAAUUGAUUAUUUCGUGUUGUUUUCAUAUCGUAAAAAUUAAUAAAUACUAGUAUAUUCUUCUGUC